CUUCACAGGGGAUAUGCCAGUGACUGCAGCGAAUUCUCCAAGUUCCGCGAUGCAUGAGGCCUCUGCCCUCCUCCGGCAGAUGUCAUCGCCAGUUGGGUCCGCGGAGGGGAGCUGUGCGUGUUGGCGGAAACGUGCCGCCUGGGGGUUUUCUCGCUGACACGUUCCAAACCCGGGGGCUUCAGUGGCGCGCGGCCCCGAGGCGUUGCCAGGAGACGGGCUGCGCGAGGCUCCCCCCGCCGCCACCCCUCGUGCCCGGGAGGAGCGGUAAAGACAGCGUGUUUGCUGCUGGUAAAGGAGUGCGCUGCCUGUUGCUUUGCAAACUCGUGUCCCUUCCGCCGUCCCUGCUGAUGCCUGACCUUUCCUGGCUGUGGGUGAGAGAGUUGCAAUGCUUCUGAAAUGAAGUAGUGGAAUUUCCAAAAUAAAGUCAUCAGAGCCUGAUGGCACACAGCCUCGGAAGAUGAAUGAGUUCAGAUUGAAGUCAUAGAGGCUGCAGGGUUUCCAGGUGGAAAAUAAUUGUUGCUUUUCCACCUUGUGCUGAGACUCAAUGAACACUGCUGCUGGCCUGCAACAGAAAUGUUGGCGUGAGAAAAUGGACGGAAAAGUGACGGGCAACUGGAAGCUUGGAGUCAUUUUUGUGGACAGAGUGUAUAAUACUUUUGAACAUCAUUACCAACGUAUAAAUGUGGACAACAUGCACAACUUCACCACUUUGUUUAAGUUGCUUACCGAAGAGGAAAAGAAUUAUUGCCAGAUGCUGUAUGUACGCUGUUGGAUGAAGGACUAGGCCGUGUGAUUAUGCAGACAUCCCAGCAUGAAGCUGAUGGACCUAUUCCUUGCUCGCCCACUCUCUAUGCGUUUUCUGCUACAGAGUGUAGUGUUCCUGGUACUGUGCUUUCACUCAGCCAGCAUGUGUCCCAAAGGCUGUAUGUGUUCUCAUGUCAGUAGCUUAAAUGUAAGCUGCAGCAAUGCGAAUCUUAAAGAGAUUCCGAAAGACCUUCCUCCAGAAACUGCUUUACUUUACUUAGACUCAAAUCAAAUAAGGUCUGUUCCCAAUGAGAUCUUUAAAAACUUGCACCAACUCAAAGUGCUUAAUUUGUCCAAAAAUGUUAUUGAGUCCAUAGAAGAACAGGCUUUCAAAGGUGUGGCUGAUACCUUGCAGACUCUUGAUCUUUCAAACAACAAGAUUAAAAGUGUACAUAAAGACACAUUCAGCAAACUCAAAGGCAGGGCUCAGUUUUCCGACAACCCAUGGCACUGUGACUGCAGCCUCCAGCAGGCACUGCAUGGCAUGCCCUCGAACCAUGAAAUGGCCAGCAAUAUUAUCUGUGAGACUGCAGCUUUGAAGGAACAUACUGGGAAAUCUUUGAUCAGUGCUGCAAAUGAAGCAGACCUCUGUAAUCUGUCAAAAAAAACAACCGAUGUGGCCAUGCUGGUCACUAUGUUUGGCUGGUUCACCAUGGUUAUCUCAUACGUGGUAUAUUACGUACGUCAAAAUCAAGAAGAUGCAAGAAGGCAUCUUGAAUAUUUAAAAUCACUCCCUAGCAAGCAAAGGAAGCCAGAGGAAUCAGAUGACAUUAGUACUGUACUGUAAAAUGUUCUAUUGAAGAAAAGGUUUUGAAACCAAGUUUCUUAUGUGUAUGUUUCAUUCACUGGAUCCACUUGCAGCAUUUCACUGCAGUGAAACUGAAGGUAGUGGUGCUCAGCUGCUACAAGAUGGACAGAUAUCCAUGGUGUAUGUGAAAAAUGUAAGAAAACUUCUUUUAGCAUUUCUGCAAUGGUGUUAGUAGGUGAUAUUGCUAAGGAGGAAAAUGAUGAGUCUGGUAUAAAGCAUUUGAGGACCUUUUCAGCUUCAAGUGGCAUUCCUGUGCCUAGAAAAGUAAUGAUGCACAAAUGAUAGUGAAGAGCUGUCCAUAUCACUGACAGCCGUUUAAAACCUACAAUCAAGUCAUGGUGGAAUAGGGUGAAAGAAUUUUUUUUUAAAACAGAGAGAAUGGGAACUGCAGCUGCUGGAGAAUCCAAGAUAAUAAAGUGUGAA